UGCAACUUUCCCAAGUCCGUGCAUGAAAAGCAGUGGAGAAAAACUCAGAAGGAAGUGGCCUGGUGUCAGCAAACUUAUUUUUGCUCCCAAAGCCUGGUUCCUCUAACCUGGCUGAGACUAUUGCUCUAAGAGGAGACCCCCAAACUCAGAGAGAGCUCCUGCCACCCCCGGAGGCCGGAGGCUGAGCAGCCACAGCUGUUCUGAGGCCCAUCCAUGAAUCCCCAGAAGAAGGUGGACCUGAAACUCAUCAUCAUUGGAGCCCUAGGUGUAGGGAAGACCUCCCUUCUCCACCAAUAUGUGCACAAGACAUUUUACGAGGACUACCAGACCACACUGGGGGCCAGCAUCCUCUCAAAGAUUAUUAUACUGGAUGACACAACUUUGAAGCUGCAGAUCUGGGACACAGGUGGACAGGAGCGAUUCCGCUCCAUGGUGUCCACAUUCUACAAAGGCUCUGAUGGCUGCAUCCUGGCUUUUGAUGUCACCGACCUGGAGUCCUUUGAAGCCCUGGAUACCUGGCGGGGCGAUGUUCUGGCCAAAACCAUCCCCAUGGAGCAGUCCUACCCCAUGGUGGUGCUGGGGAACAAGACCGAUCUGGCAGACCGGCAGGUGUCCAGCGAGGUAGCCCAAGGCUGGUGUAAAGAGAAGGCUAUUCCCUACUUUGAGGUCAGUGCCAAGAAUGACAUCAAUGUGGUACAAGCCUUCGAGGUGCUGGCCAGCCGGGCUCUGUCACGGUAUCGGAGCGUCUUAGAGAGUUACCUCACUGACUCCAUCAAGCUCUCACCGGAAGACCAGCCCCGGGGUAGAUGCUGCUGAACCUCCAGACAUCUGCUCUGGACACGCAGGGCCAGAGCCCCCACCAGCCCCGGCACCUGCCUAGCUCAGCCCAGGCAGCCUGGGCUCUGUGGUCUCCAGUCUCCACGUGUCUGCACACGAAUCAGCACAGCCCUUGUCUUGGGCCAAGCAUGGAGGACAGGGCUGGGCCCUUAGGGGUCUGGAUGAAACCCAGAAUGUCACAGCCAAAUCCUGGCCCUGGAGGAGUCACAAUCCCCCCACUGGCUCCAGCUUUCCUGCCACCACCCUCUCCAAACACACUCAUGCUCCAGAACGCACAUCUGUGCAGACAGGCCACUGUCUCCGGAGCCCUGUUACAUUCCCCUUCGGACUGGCCUCCCUCACUCAUGCCACCGCAUCCCGCCAGAGCCACCCCACAGCUCUGGACAAGGGUGCACUUCAGCCUCCCUCUGUAACCAGGGCCAGGCAGCAAGGGUCUGGACCUCUCAUGAAGGCCCAUAUCAGCCCCCAGCAGCAGCUGCUCAGGCCUGAGACACCCCUCUGCCCCUCCGGACUGCAGGACUGAGGGAGCCCAGGAAAAGCCACUAGGACUGGCUCAUUCCUCCCUGCUGGGUGUUCAGCCAAUUCCUGUUAAGCUCUCUAAGCCUCAGCUUGCGCACCUGUCAAAUGGGGGUGAUAUACACCCUACCCAUGUCAGAGUGUGGUUUUGAGGACCAGAAGCUCCGCUUUAAUCUCAGUAGCUCUUGCUGAUAUGCAAUUAUUCAUUCCUUCAACAAGUAUUUUUUAGUAUCUACUGUAUGCAAUGCACUGAGGUCCAGUGACUAACGACACAGUCAAGUACCCUGCUCCCCUGGACCCAACAUUCUGGUGAGAAAAGAGGCAAUUGACACUGAAUUUAAACAGAUAUUUUCAAAUAGCAGAUACAUGUUUGAACAAAGUGAGACAAGGUAAUGGGGUAGAGAGAGACAGGCGCUUAGAUUGGCUGCUCUUUCAGACAAAGUGGUCCAGGAGGGCUUCCCUGAGGAGGUGACAGGUGGCUGGCUAGAAAAUUAGACAGUGGCUGCCUCCUGAGAUCUGGAUGAAGGGCACCCCUUGCCAAGGCCUUGAGGCAAGGACAAGCUCGCUGUGUUCCAAGGACAGUGAAAGGAUGUUCAUUUAUCUGGGGACUCAAAGCUGCUGGCCCAGAGACACACAAAGAGGCCCCCCAACACCCACCCUGGAUGGCUCCUUGAGCCCCUUACGACUGUCCACCAGGGGGCAGCAGUGUCCUUCCCACCCAGGCUGAGGACGGUGCCUGCUCCUGGACCCGAGGGACUGUUCUCCUUGUGCUGAUGCUCAAAGCUUGUUCCUGGGCCCUGGUUAUGUUCAGCCCUUCAAGAUAUGUGGGGCAGAAAGAUCCCAAUUUUUUAAGCCUAGUAAGAAAUAGGCAAAUACUCAACAUCAAGGAUUCAGGCAAGAAAUCCACAUUGGUGACAAAUACUAGAAGGAGAAGCCUGGAGGACUGACUGAUGGACUCCCUUUCCCUUGGACUCCAAGGCCAUGAUCUACUUUUCCUUCCUGCAACCGACAGCAUGGAUAGGGCCCUGCCUGCAGGGGUGGAUGACCUCCCAGGCCUCCCAGGGCCACAUCCAUGCCCUCCUGUCUGCAAAGAAGUAUUCUUCACUGAGCUCCAAGCAGAGCUGGGGAUGUUCGCCUAUGACUUCCAACUCUGAAGAUACACCCAGAGACAGGAGGGGGCUCAGUAAGAGAGUUUGGGGAUCCCUUUCCCCCCUUCCAGCUAUGGAGUAGCAACAGGCUUGUCCUGGGCAGCAGCAUGGCCUGGCACAGGAGCAGGUGGCCUGGAGCUCUCCACUGUCUCUGUGGCCUCCACGUGGCGUUUUGCACAUCACAUGGGCUCCCCUGGGAGUCCAGCUGGGAUGCGGAUUGGAUAGGUGGUGGGUGGUGGGUGGGUCGGG